GUGAGUGGUCGUGGAUAAAUGUGGAUCAACAAUCAAAAUUUCAACAGGCAUUCUGUUAGAUAUUUUCGCGACAAUUUCCUUUGAUCAUUGCGCAACUCGUCAGUCGCAAAGUGUAAUAAGGAAAUAGUGAUCGCAGCAGUUUGCAUUGAAAUAUCCAAUAAUGAAAAGUAUAUUCGUAAGAUGCUGAACAAAAUAGUUAAAAGCGUGUGUUAUCGAUUGGAAGUCUGAUUGGUUAAGUAGUGUUUAACGCAAGUAUGGCCGCCCUGCCGUCACCUACGCAGGUGGCUGGAAGCCAUACCGCGAUAUAUGAAGCUUAUUAUAACCAGGUUGAUCCAAAGGGAUAUGGACGGAUUGAGGCGAUGGACGCUGCGAGAUUUCUCAAGAAGUCCCAGCUGAGCGAUGUUAUUCUAAGUAAAAUAUGGGAUAUGGCUGAUCCGCAAUCGCGUGGCUUUUUAGACAAGUCCGGACUGUUUGUCGCUCUGAAGCUAUGUGCGUUAGCUCAGACAGGGAAGGAUCUCAAUAUGUCUAAUUUAAAUUUGGAAUUGCCACCGCCAAAAAUGGGGGAGAUCCCAGUUAUUCCACAGAAGACUAUUACGAAUGCUCUGCCGGUGAUAACGUCCAUUAACAAUGGAGACUGGUCAAUUAAUCCUACAGAACGAGCAAAAUAUGAUCAGCUCUUCGAUAGCUUACAGCCAUCCAAUGGAUAUAUAUCUGGAAAUAAAGUGAAGGGUGUUCUCAUGGAUAGUAAACUUCCUCUAGAUACUCUCGGAAAGAUCUGGGAUUUAGCAGACAUGGACAAGGACGGUAUGCUGGAUAGGCAUGAAUUUGUAGUUGCCAUGCAUCUUGUAUAUAAAGCAUUGGAAAAAUAUGCGAUACCAAGUGUACUUCCGCCAGAACUGAUGCCACCUGGCAAGAGAAAAGACAUCGUUAUGCCCAAGACUGCAUCUCCCGUGCCGGUUGGCAUGGUGACAGCGGCGUCGCCGCAACCGCCGCCGAUUCCACCCUUACCAAACGCGACGACGGCUGUAAAGAGCUUGACCGGGUUAGACACUGUAAAACCGAGCCCGCAGCAGUGGGUGGUUUCGGCUGACGAUCAAAUAGCCGCGGAGAAAUUAUUUUUGCAAGCCGACUUGGACAGGGAUGGAUUCGUCUCAGGCGUGGAGAUCAAAGAUGUCUUCCUACAAAGUGGACUUCCACACCAUGUAUUAGCUCAUAUAUGGGGUUUAUGCGAUAUCUUUCAAAGUGGGAAACUCAAUAAGGAACAAUUCGCCCUAGCUAUGUGGCUUAUCAAGCAAAAGCUCAACGGCAUAGAUCCUCCGGCGAGUUUAACUCCUGAAAUGAUACCACUCUCUAUGCGAAGAGCCGGCGAAACUGUCGUGGAAAACAAUAACAUAUCAGGCUAUUCGAAUCCAGAGUUGGAUAUGAUAAGUAAGGAUAUAGCGGAGCUUGUGCGCGAAAGGCAAAGCAUGGAGCAGGAUAUAGCGCAGAAGGAAGCCGACAUCAAGAUAAAAAACGGCGAGAUCAAGAGUCUUCAGAGCGAACUGGACACGCUCGCUGCAACCUUGAAGCAACUCGGAAACCAAAAGGGUGAGGCGCAGAAGAGAUUAAAUGAUCUGAAGGCACAGAAGGCUGAGGUAGAUAAAGAUUUGAGUGAAGUCGAAGAGAAGAUUCAGGAGGAACUAAAGAAGGUUGACAAACUGCGCCAGCAAGCCGAGGAACAGGAGUCGGUGUUGCGCGGUCAGGAGGAGGAGCUGAGCCUGAAAAGACAGGAACUCGAGGGGUUGCGGCAGGAAGAGCAGCAGCUGGAGCAGCAGCAGAAUAAAAACAGGGAUCAAUUGAACGAGCUGACGAAAAAAUUGCAGGACACUCAGUUGGAGAUCUCCCAGGCAAAAGCGAAGAUCACUCAUCUGCAGGAACAACAGCGACAAAUGAGCGACGCUAUCGCGCUUUACGAUUCCGCGCUCGCCGCGGGCGAUGUCAAUCUUGUACCUGAUACUAGUCUACGAUUUGCGCCCGAAAUUGAAGAUUUAGAGUAUGAAACAACGAAGAAUACAGACGAAGCACAGGAGACACAAGCUGACACUUCCGGCGCAGCUGUCAUGGAUGGAUUUGGAGAACAAGAUCCUUUUGCAACGAGUAAAGCCAAAGAAGCAUUUAGCUCACCGACGUCCGAUCCGUUCGGAAGCGCAUUCUCCACACAAAUGUCUAAUGGUAGCUUCGCAGCAGAUCCUUUCACUGCAUUUGACAACGCCGGUGCAACAGUGAAGCAAGAUCCUUUCGACCCGUUCGGUAACGGGAAACAAGCUGAGAACAAAAAUCUUACGACUGCAACAUCGAACACGAAGGAUCCGUUCGGGGACGAUCCCUUCGCGAAUCUUCACGCUCCGCCACGUCCCGAGAGUCCUAGUCCUGCUCUUCCGCCGAAGAAGGCGAAACAACCACCGCCACGACCGGCUCCGCCGCGACCGAGUCAAGGUCCUACAGGUCCUACAGGUCCACUGAGAGCAGCACCGGCUCCGCCGACGCCCUCGCCUACUCCGGAUCCGUUUACGAACGCAAACUCGGAUCCGUUUGGCUCUCAAGCGACCAUCGAUAAUAAUAAUAGUUUUACAUCUUCCGGAUUUGCUGAUUUCGCUAAUUUCGAUUCCAAGCCGACCGAGCCGACGCCCAAUCGAACGGCUCCAGCGAGACCGACAAGUAGAGCCCAUGUAGCGCCGACGCAGCCGAAGCUGUCGGACUUUACGGAGGACCCGUUCCGGGACUAUCGUUACGAAGACCCGUUCAAUAUAGCGGACCCAUUCGCCGACGAGACGGAGGACUCGAACGCGAACAAGAGCGGCGACAGCGGCGGCGGGACGGAGAAGACGACGACGGACCCGUUCAGCUUCGGUACGAUUUCCGCAUUCUCGGAUAAGAACAACGUUUCGGCCAAGGCCUUCGACAGCGAUUUCGUCAACACCUUUCCGCUCGCCAAAACGAAGCUCGAGAAGAACAGCGCGAACAACAACAAUAACAAUAACAACAACAAGUUCGACGUUGAUUUUGGAAAAGCGUUCUCCGCUGAUAACAGAAAUGUCAGAAGCAACGAGAUCGACUUUUCCCGGGCGUUCGCCAACGUGAAGACGAAAACCGUCGAUCUCGACGAAGCGUUUUCGACGAAGAACGCGAAGACCGUGGCGAGGCAUGAAUCGAACGCAGUGCACACCGCAAAAUCGAAUAUCCGUAACGACGGGAAGCUCGCGAACGAUUUCGGCAAGAUCUGGAACGGCAACAGCGUGGCUAAUCUGUCGGAGGAGGAGCAGCUAGCCUGGGCGGAGAGGCAGAGUAUAAGAGCGGAGGAGGAGAGACUGAAGCGUAAGGAACGGGAGGACGCCGAGCUAGCGCUCGCCCUCGAACUGAGCAAGCAAGGGAAAAUGGGAAACGUUUGAGAGCUUCGAACGGUCGAUACUGCUGUUUCUUUCACAUUGGUAUCAACGUAAACUCGUUAAGUUGCAUGACAAGUCCUUGCGCAUCUUGUAAGUAAUGGUAUUGUGUAAAAGCUUCUUGCGCUGUCACGCAUUAGCAUCACAUGUAGAAGCGAAAGCGUAGAUGCAAGUUAUCAGAUUGACAAUAAUGUCGGAUACAGAUAUAAGAGUACUCCCUUCAAAAAAACAAAAAACAAAAAAAAAGAAAAGUUAUUACGGACGUCAGUACGGACAGUGCUUUCGGUUAAAAUGCGGGUUGGUCCAGAAAGUGAAGAUGCAAACACAAUGAAAAUGGAAAAAAAUAUAUUUGUUACGAAAUCGAGUAGAGAUAAUCUUAUUAUGUACAGUUGGUUGUUUUUUUUUUCCACGUUAUUGCUGCGUCGAGGCAUUUUGUUUCGCUCGAAUUUCUGCACGUCGAUGACACUUUUCGCCUCCGUGUUCAGCGCAACGACUUUAUUUUUCCACUUAUUUGUUAAGUUUUUCGCUGGUCAAAUGUUUUGCGCGUGUGUCACAUUGCGAAGCACUGAAAAAACUCGAUCGUGCAUUUCAAAACUAGCAACGAGAGAUGCUAAACACUGUUUACUGCAUGAUAACGGAAGACCGAACUUCGCAGCAGCGAUGAUGCUGAGAAUUUCAUGGGAAGUUUAUUUUUAUCGAAAUAUUAAUUUCUUGUUUUUUGGGAGAAAGGUCUGAGAAGAUUCUAAAUUUAAAAGAAAGUUUAGAAAACGAAAAAUAAAGUCACUGCGAAAGAGUCGAAGUCGGCAUACAAAACGUUUAAGCGAGACAACACCUUGACAUGAUCACGUAGAAAAGCAACUAAGGACAUUUAUUAAGAACAUUUCUAUUAGAUUUUAUAAUAAAUAUUCGUUGAAUUUUUAUCGCGUUUAUAUGUUUGCCUUUUGGAUUCUUGUUAAAGAGUUUCAUAUUUUUUUCAAAAGUACGCAAAAUUAGUCGAUUUAUUUUCUUUUAAAAUAUAUAUUUUUUUUUUUUUUCGUUUUGCUAUUUCUCGCAAGCAGCGAUAAUAUCUAUGUUUACGUUAUGUGUUUUGUUUGACGUUUGCCACUUGAAAAAAUGCUGCUGGUGAGUGCGUUAUGUGCGACCGCUUUAAGUUACGACUAUAAAUAUAUACGAAUGAUAAUAAAGCAUAAUAUAAAAACAUAAUAUAUAAGACGUUCAUGUUGUAAAAGUUAUUCGAUUAAAAAGCACGGUAAUGCAAUAUCAUUAAAUGCAUCGUUAUCAAUAUGUAAACGCCUAUAUAAUCGAAAAGGAUAUUAUGAGAUUUCAAUCGAUAGUCACUGAUCGCUCAGUCACUCGUCAAGAAGAGGCAAAUCUAUGUCACUUUCAUCAGCUGUUGAUUAGUUUUUUUUUUUUGUGUAAUGAGAAAAAAAAGAAAAAAAAAUAAGCACACAUUGUCCACACACAAGUGAAAAUACGAUGUCCGCGACAAUGCCGUCUAAUUCAAAAGCCUUCGGUUUUAGAACGUUCCAAAGAAUUAUGGUGUUCAGAGAGAGAGAGAAAGAGAGAGAGAGAGAGAGAGACGGAGCGUGUCUACGCUUGACGAGAAGGGCUCUAUACAUUUAAUAGAACUUGAAAAAAAGAAAACCAAAUACGAGGAAUCAUGUCUAUCUUGACUACGUUGUAAUUAUCGUAUAAUUUUCGAUAACAAUGUUAUAUUUCAUAUGAUGUAUAUAUUACGAUUAAAAACGAUACAUUAAAACGCGAUAGAAUUCUCGUUAUGUAAGUUUAUCACGUCGUACAAUUGUUUAGUUUUAUAAGACAGUGCACACACACUGUGUGCGAAGACGUAUGCUACCGUAAGAUAUCAAUAAUAUAAUACCGGUGCAAAACAGAACUUGUAUCAAUAUCACUGCCCUGCAUGGGUCUACGGUUCGGGAAAGGAAGGGUGGUUUUCCGUAGGUUUUUCACGCGCGCUAAAUCCGAAUCCAGCAUAAAAAAAAAGUAUGUAUUGCAUCAAAAUUUUGGGCGAAUCCAAGGAAACAAGUAUUGUAUUAAAAAUAGCAAUUUUUUUUAUAUCAGUAUUGAUUCGCAAGAAAUUUUUUUUUUACUUUCACCUGCGCUGCAGUAUGUAUGUGUGUAUUUAUUUGUUAAUAAUUUUUUUUUUCAAAGUCACAGUGAUCUUCGCUUGCCUACAUCUCCAUUUAUCUGUAGACUAUUUUACAAACUGACUUCGAUAUUUAAUUUACACGCUAGCGAUCCAUCUUACUUCCUGUUCUAAUCUAAUUCUUCCAUAUACGCUGCCAUUCCACUUUAUCUCACCUACUCUCUUUUCACCUCUUUCUCAAAUAUUAUGGCCUUUCCUCUCCUUUUACUUUUCUGUACUAUUUGUUAUAAUUUGAUUUUAAUAAAAUAUUAAUUUUAAAAAAGUUUUUAAGGACCGGUUUAUUUAUGAUUAAUUUAAGAAACGAUAACUAAUAUCGUCAUUUUUAAUAUACUUUUCUCUGGUUUCCUAAAAAUUCUCAUAUAACACGUACUUUUUAAUGCUGGAUUCGAAUGCAUGAACUAUGAAAAAUUCACUCUUUUUCCUAGACAAAACCAAAAUAUGUCUAAUUUUGCAGGUCAGUGUAUUUAUCGGCAUAUUACCUGUCUCCAUUCGGAUCGAUUCGCAUUUGUUGUGUAAUUUGAUCUAAUUUCGACUUUACGAUAUUUCAGCCUGUAUGCGUGUACAUGAGUAUGUGUAUGUACUAUAGAUAAUCCUUACAAAGGUUUCACCGAAAUAAAUGUACGAUGCCUUCAAAAGAUUUAUCGUUCAGUUUACACAUAUAACAAG